AUCUUAUUCUUGCCUGUGUAAAUUUAAGAACUUAAGAAAGUUAUGGAAUUGAAACUUUUAAAAGAAAAAACAUUCUGUAAGAACAACCCUGAAUUUCACUGAAUUAUGCAUAUUAAUGCAUUGACAACUGUAUACAUGGAACAGAUGAAGCUUUUAAUAUUGAGGAAUAUUAAAGGACUGUUUGCAUGAUAUUGUAAAUUACCAUCACUCUGCUUCGUACUGUUUGCACCUUAGCUGUGCAGGUCCGAAGGCAGUUGGCUGGCAAUCCUGCAUGACAAAGUUAGCCAGAGCAGCAUACUCUUUUUUAGGACAUCAGUUAAAAAGCACCGAAAAAUCAUACCAAUCAGUGUUUAAAGAUAAGGUGAGAUUCUUAAACCCUCAUGCCUGCCAAAUCCAAAGUGUUGUUACAAGGAACUUCCUUUUUUCUUACCAAAUUUUAAUUGUUUAUCUCCAGUCCUUUUGCUCUUCAAGCUUUUUUGUUACAAUAGGUCAAAAUGUACUGAAUGGAUUUUGUUUCAAAUUAAUAAUAAUAAAAAAGUUUCCCUUUGGGUGGAGACCAGGCCUGUAAAAUUUCAGUCCAGAAGCUUGAAUGUUUUCAGAAUGUUGAGUGAAUGAAAAGAGGGCUAAAGGAAACAUGUAGAUCACCUUAAAUACCACUGUUCAGAGAGCUCCAGCUAUACAACGCACUGCUACUUUAAAUGAUGAUGUGCAGUGUCUCUGGUAGGCAGAUCAUAGAGGGUCUGAAAAACUAAUGCAUUUACAAUAAGUGGUAUCCAGCAAGUUCAGUUCAUCUAAGGGAAAAUGCAGGUGUAGCUCAGGGACUACUGAGCUUCUAAAUCUCUACAGCUUUGUUACUACAAGUUGUAAAUGCUAUCCAGGAUAACAGUACCUAGAAGUUAUCUUUCCCUUUUUUACAAGACUAGUUGGAGUUUGUCUAGAAAAGUGUAGAUGCUCAUGGGAAUAAAAUCAGUUAAGAUUAAAGGAAAAUUACGCGAUUCAGCCUAUGUCAUUUUACUGUCAAGGCUGUUACUGUUGAACAUAAACACUUCCAAAAGCUUUCAGAAAGCUCAGAGCCAGAUUGGUCAACAGGGCAUUGAGCAUGGAUACAGCUAGGGUCUGUGUUUGCAAGCCGUAGAAUUCUGUUGGACUAGUGAGCAGGACUGAUUCAGCAGUGUUUCACAACACCUUCCCAAUCAUGAUGACUUUAUUCAGAUUACAUUCCCAUAAGAACCACAUUGACCAUUUACAAGAUCUGCUGUUUAGUUUGCAGACUUUAGAGGGCAAAGUCUGACCUGAACUAGUAGAUAUUUACCUGCAUUUUUGCAGUUAGAAUCAAUAACAGUUUUACAUAUUAUCGCCCAUGCACUGAUUGGAGAAUGUAAAAUGUAUUUACUCCAUUUAAAUAACAUUUUGAUAGUUAAGAUUGUUUUUUUUUAAUCACAAAUGAAAACAUUUUACAAAGUAACCUGAGUUACUGAUAGAGCUGAUGAUUCCAAUCCACAGGUAAUAUUUUGAAUGAAAAGAUAUUUUUGUAACUCUUCAUAUAACUGCAUCUAGCUUAUGGCUUAGAUCUUGCCAACAAAGCUACACAUAAAGUUAACCACUAUUCAGACAAAUUAACCUCUCCCUUUAGUGAUCAUAAUGGUGGUAAUAAAAGCUAGUUGAUGUUACUCAAAGUUCAAAAUUUUGACACAUUUCCAUCUAAAUUUAAAAGGGGAAAAAAAUUAAAAUGUCUUGAAAGAUGACAUCUCAUUUUUGACCAGCUCUGGUAAUUUAAGUUUUAUUAUUUAUUUCUGUUACCAUAGCCUCUUGAAGCCAAAGUCAUGGACCAGGACCCGUUGGCUAGGCAUUGUACAAACAAUUAUACAUAAGGAUAAAACUGAUUUGGUGUUUAUGGUACAUGCCAGAUGAUUACUUAAAACUUCUGCAUAAAAAUCUCUUAUAAAGCAUUACUCAUUUCACAAAUUAAAAAAAAAAUAGAAGCAAGUCAGAAAAAGUGACUGCCUGCAACUUCCAGUAAAUGAUGGACAUUUCAUCAUAUCAGGCAUUGGUUAAGUAAUUGAUCCUUGGAUCUACAGAGAGACAAUACAGACAUUGACCAAUUGAAAGCAGGAAGCCUCAAGAAGAAAUAAGGGAAUUUACUGCAGUAGAUUCCCAACAGAAGCAAUGUUUGUUUGCAUUCAACAAGCAAAUGAUGGCUAAAUUCAAAUUGGGCAAUGUUUCUGUAAAUUAUUUCCUAUUUGCUCUUUGAGAUAAGGCUUCCUAUAAAUAAAGUACCAUUUUUCUUGUGAGAAUCCAUCAGAAAGAACUCAAUUUUUCAGGGGCUUUGCAAUAUAGCACCGCCUAAAUAAGUGAACUAUGAAGUUCUACAACUGCAUGUUGUUAUUGUCCCUGGUACUCUGUGUCAGUGCCCAGAACUGGUUCACUGAUGCUGGAGCAUUCAUAAGGGAUGCUUAUCGAGGCGCUGAGGAUAUGUGGCGUGCAUACAGUGACAUGCGGGAAGCGAAUUAUAAAAAUGCAGAUAAAUAUUUCCAUGCUCGUGGGAAUUAUGACGCUGCCCAAAGAGGGCCUGGCGGUAAAUGGGCAGCAGAAGUUAUUAGUGAUGCUAGGGAAGAUUGGCAGGGUGACAUUAGUGGCAGAGGAGCAGAAGACACACGUCAGGACCAGGAGGCAAAUGCAUGGGGCCGAGGUGGAGGAGACCCAAACCGCUACAGACCAGAGGGCCUUCCCUCUAAAUACUAAUGCAGUCUGUAAUACUUUACAAUUGUUCAGUUUUUCUACCAGCUGUGCAAAACCACAAUAAAUACAAUCUUAAAUUUC